AUGUCGUCCGUCCCGUCGACGUCCCGUCGCCCUCCUACCGUCAUCCCUCCAUUACCCCUCUCCUCCAAUCACCCUCUCUCUCCCCUCCCAUCCCGUCGCUCUUGCUCUCUCCCCUCCCUUCCCGUCGCUCUCUCUCUCUCGCCGCUCCCUUCCCGUCGCGCUCUCUCUCUCGCUGCUCCCUGCGCGUCGCUCUCUCUCUCUCGCCGCUCCCUUUCCUCAACAAAUCGCCUUCUCCUCUCCCUUCCCGUCGCUCUCUCUCUCGCCGCUCCCUUUCCGUUGCAAUCGCCUUCUCCCAUCCCUUUCCGUCGCUCUAUCUCUCUCCCCUCCCAUCCCAUCGCUCUAUCUCUCUCCCCUCCCAUCCCAUCGCUCUAUCUCUCUCCCCUCCCUUCCCGUCGCUCUAUCUCUCUCCCCUCCCUUCCCGUCGCUCUAUCUCUCUCCCCUCCCUUUCCGUCGCUCUAUCUCUCUCCCCUCCCAUCCCGUCGCUCUAUCUCUCUCCCCUCCCUUCCCGUCGCUCUAUCUCUCUCCCCUCCCUUGCCGUCGCUCUUGCUCUCUCCCCUCCCUUCUCGUAGCCUUAGAUGCAGCCGUCGCAAAUUCCUCUCCCACCCACCAUCACCCACCCCAUCGCCUUCCCGCUCGCCACGAAACGCCUUCUCGUCCCCCGCCCACUUUCUCCUCCCAUCGCCUGCCUGGUCGCCUUCACGCUCGCACUCAAACGCUCUCCCCACGCCCUUCCUCUCUCCCUUCCCAUCACCGACCUCGUCGCCCUCGUGCUCGUCCCGAAAUGCCUUCCCAUCGCCUUUCGUCUCUUCUCCCCAAUCAUUAAUCUCUGAAACGCUCUCCAUCGUCGGCCAAUCCGCCCUUCGCUCUUGCUAUGCAAUGCCCUCUCCGCGCCCUUCCUUCCUCCCCUCACAAUCUGUCUUCCCUCCCCGCAUCCCGUCGUUCCUCUCUACCCUCCCAUCCCGUCGUUCCUCCGCUCUACCCUCCCAUCCCGUCUUUCUUCCUCUCUCCCCUCCCAUCCCGUCGUUCCUCCUCUCUUCCUUCCUAUCCCGUCGUUUUUCCCUUCUCCCCUCCCAUCCCGUCGUUCCCCCUCUCUCCCCUCCUCUCCCGUCAGCCCCCUUGUCCCCAGUCCCUUCUCUUCGCCGUCGACCAAUCAACCUUACGACGGCUGCUAUGUUGAAUGUGGGAUUGCAGCCUUGCGCCAAAUUCGCAUACGAAUGUGGGUGA